UAUUUUUAAAUAUUUUUUUCAGGGAUAAAAUAUGAUAAAAAAAAUUAUACAUCUAUACAUAAAAAGAUGCAGUUAGAUCAUGCUGGUGUUACACAUUGCAAUUAUUUGGUGCGCAAUUUAUCUGAAUCCAAUUGAAGCUCUCUCUAGUUCACUAUUCGUUCUCACUGAAAUGACGUCAACAGAUUUUAUAGAAAUUAUACCAACGACAACACUAUAAAACACGGCAAAGAUGACAUCAAUAACAAAAAAUGACCUACAAAGCAACCGUAAACGUGACAAAAAAAGGACAGCUGGAAUGACUUCAACAACGAUUAAAGUAAUUACCGACGAUAUUGUCACAAAUAUGACAGAAAUUACGUCAACGAUGUCGUCACCAGAUACGACAGAGAUGACACUGGCUAACUUGACAGAACAUUAUAGUAGAACUGACGCGAAUAGUAAAAUAUCUAAACGAUAACACCGGCGAAAAGAGCAAGAUAAACACGAUAAAAACAGAUAAAAUAGUCACGCUAGUUUUAUAUAAGUAAAGACAAGAACAAAUAUCGCUUCAAUGAUCUGUUAUCAAUUAUUCUUAUUAUAUAAAUAAUCUCUGUUUAGUACACGUAGUCACGACAACUUGUGAUGUAGCGUUUAGUUACAUAUAUAUAAAUGUGAGUUACAACUUCGAGAAUACACCACCGCACAUGGUAUUGAUACAGUAUAAGAAAAUGGAUUCAGAGUCUGGCAAUUGGACAUCUGGGUUGUUUUGUAACACUAGUAUUGUGGAACGUAUAAAUGGUGAUAAUAAUCAAAACAUCAGAUGCCGUUUGUUUCACGUUAAAGACACCAACAUGUAUCAAGUGCAAUUGGUGUUGGAAUCUGAUUCUGAAAUUAACACUACCAUCUUAAAUAGCAGCUAUCAUCCAGCAAACGAAGCAUUUUUUUGCUACAGUAAUCACGAUUUAGAAGAUUUAGAAAUGAAACCAUCCGACGUUUCAGUGACAGCUUCUUGGGAGUAUCCAACAUACGACAUUAGUUAUAUUGUUAGUUCAUACCUGCGUGUGGUAGAGAAUAACCGUGUAGAAAAGCAGGUUAAGUGUGCAGAUAUUGAUGGGCCAGAGAAAAUAGUAUGUACUUUGAGAGAUUUGGACGAUUGUACGCACUAUAAUGUUUGUGCUUUGACUAUGUACAAUGUUGGUAAGGAACACAUAGAGUGUCGAAAUGUCACUACAACCUCCACAGCUCCGCGGGCUCCUACUGGGAUGAAAUUGUCGUGUGAACAAGAUCAAGAAAAUCGAGGUACACUAUCGUGGCAAGGUCAUUUGAAAAAAGAAAAUCCGCAUCAUUAUUUUACCUACAAUAUUACAUCUGACGGGAUAAUACUUUUUCACGGAAAAACACGGAACACCUCCCUCUCAUACGAAGCUACGUUAGUUCAUAAUGCAAGCAUAAGCUUCUGUACAAGAUGUCGUUGCUCUCCUGUGAAUCGAAUAGUUUUAAGAAGUUGUUUGAAAGGUUUUAAAGAUCAGGUCAAUCGUGAUGCAGGGGAUAAAGUGAUUACGCUUGUUGUCAUUAUAUCUGUCAUAUUUGUUAUUAUUCUUGUUGUUGUUGCUGGUUUUAUGAUAUACAAACAAAGAUCUGGGCAGAGAAAUGAACCCCAAGAGCAGCAGGUUAGUCCAAGACAAAAUGGAAAUGAAUUUCCUGAACCGAUCUAUGAACAUAUAGACUAUGAAGCUCUAUAUAAGCGUCCAAACUUGAUUGGAAAUCUAAAUGGCACGUCUUCUAAUGGAACUAUACCAUCACCCAGUUUAUUGAUCCACAGCCCUACUUAACAGAAUAAAUGUUAAAGAUUUGGUGGGCUGGAUAAUCAAGUUAUUGCAGGUUAACUGGAUUCCAUAAUCAACUCGGUCAUGGAUUGUCCCACUUCUAACUUGCAGGAUGAUUAACCAAAAAAAGACAAUAUCUUAUUGAAGAAGACAAGAAAUUGCAUGUAAUAAUGUUAGCCGAUAUAUUUGAUUGUAGAUUUUAAAAUCUUUACGAAAACAAUUUUGCGUGUAGUUUUUAAAGUUUGGAAGAAGAUUUCGUGAAAGACUCCUUUGUAUAUAUAUUUAUAAAAUGUGAAAACGUUGGAUCGUUAUAAUUUAUAUUAUGCAUGUACAUUAAUUAAUAAUUAGGCUAUAGAUAGAAAGUUUGUAUGUAGAGUUUUACAAAACAAUAUACAAAUUA